GCGAGUGUAUGAACUUGUGUAGCCAUUGGAAGCUCACUUGUGUAUCAUACACGUUGUGUAUGUAUACAUAUUAGGUAUGGUGGAAUUUUAACAGUAGUAUUCUCUUGUUUAUUAAUAAUUUCUUUUGAUAUGUUAUACAAGAUCUAUCGGGGAACGAUUUAGAAGGGCAAUCUACAUUUCUAAUUUGAAAACUAGCCGGAACAACUCAGUAUGCGUAGGGAGGUAGUAAGGACGUAUUCUUGAAGUUUGUCUUCUGUAUUAAUUUACUGGGGAAAUAUACGAGGCAAAAAUUCAUAAGACUCGUUAUUGCAUAUUUCAACUUCAGAAAUGGCUGCAUCCUUAUCAGCAUAUUGGGUGAAGUUUUUCAAAGGCGCUGGCUUCCCUCAAGAUUUAGCCACAAAACAUGCUCUGGUGUUCUCCAACAAUCGUAUUAAACCAGAUAUGCUACCAGAUUUGGAUAAAUCUAGUCUCAAAGACAUGGGUAUUAUGUUAAUGGGUGAUAUGAUUGCUAUCUUGAGAUAUGCCAAGAAAGUGGUCGAAGAGACAACAUGCGAGAGAUUUCUGGUUGAUUCUGAAGAUAUACCUUCUGCUUCAAAGAUCUCAGCGCAACCUGUGAUGAAGAAAGUGGCAAAGGAAGUGGUUAAAAAGACAGCAGUUCUACCAGCUACCGUUAAACCUGAGUCUGCGAAGAAAGUAAUCAAACCUCUAUCUGCAGCAACCAAGAAAAUCAUAACCAUAAAGAAACCAACUUCUUCAUCAAAUGUGCUUACCAAUGUCGAGUAUAUUAGCCAAAAGAAGCAGCUGCCUAUUAAGAGAAAACUGGUCUCCGAUGAGAUUUAUGAAAGCAAUGAGGAGGACUGGAGCAUAACGGAGAAAAAAAAGAUGAAGGCGUCGACAAGUGAUAAUGAUGAGGACGACUGCGUCGAAUACAAGGUUGCUGUCUCGAAGACUCCGAGCAUGAAAACUCAACAGAUAAUCAAAAAGCCCGUGGAACAGAAACGCACAGUGUUCGACAGAUUGGGCGACAGUUCCGUCACAAGUACGACCAACUUGGCUGACACGUCGCCCACUUUCAAUAUCACCGGUAUCAAUAACAAGGACGUGUUCAAGAGAUCGGUCAGUGUGUUCAGACGCCUCGGCGAGAUAGACUCCAAGAAGGACUGCACGAGUACUGCGGGCAUAUUAAAGAAUGGCUCGAGUAAUAGCGUUAGCGUUGCUCCCGGUAUCCUGAAGAAUCGAAGUCCAGAUGCGCGUACGACGAUCAUCACGACGAAGAGGAUCGCGACGAAAACUACGGGCACAAUGCACGCUGAUCACGAAGUCGGCAAAAAAAUCGUCCUGAACAACACGAAACGUAUACUUAAGGUAGAAAGGAAACCAAUACUAUCAUCCGAUACUAUUUCGAGCGAAAAGAGGAUCACUAAAAUUACAAUGGCACCUGGCAAGUUAGCAUCAGAACGACUUGUCUCGAUACCAGCCAAAGCGCGAUUGGGUUCGACUACACCUAAACAAGUGACUUUCAGCAAAGUGGCGACGGUCACGCACGUGAAGAAAGCAGAUGUCUUCAGUCGAUUAGGCAUAUAAGUGCUUUUUUUAUAUCUUAUCAUUGAAUCAGAAAACAGUGGUUUGCGAUUGUUACUUUGUACAGAAUUAUUAGGUAGUUCCCUCCAGACCAACUGCCUUGAUCGUUGGUUAGCAGUCAGUCGUGAUUUAUUCAAAUUGACUUUUGGUUUUUUUUUGUUAGAAGGAGAAUAAUGUGUACUGCUAGAAACAUCUCAGAAUGCAAGGCUUGUAUACGUUGCAAGAGAGUAUCGUGUAAAUAUAAUAAAAUAUAUAUAUAUUACGAUUUAUAUAUAUAUAUCUUCUAGUAACAUUUAUGAGAAUUAUUCAUGAAAUGGAAGUUGUUUUUUUAUUUACAAGAGUGACAUUUGGAAUAAUUUAAUUUUAUGUAAGAAUUGAUACAACUCGUAAUAUACCUUUAUGCGCCAA